UCAAAACCUACGCUAGAGUUUUGGCGGUGGCAGCUGAACGCAGAAGCCAGAGAAAAACCCUAGACUGAUCAGAUCGACACCAUGGGAACGCCAGAAACCUCAAGGGAACCUUGCCCCGAUCGCAUCCUCGACGAUAUCGGCGGCGCUUUCGGUAUGGGAGCCGUAGGUGGCUCAGCCUUUCACUUCAUCAAAGGUCUCUACAAUUCUCCCAAAGGAUCCAGGAUUAUCGGCGGCUCUCAGGCCGUCCGGAUGAAUGCGCCGCGUGUCGGCGGGAGCUUCGCCGUUUGGGGUGGCUUAUUCUCUGCUUUCGAUUGCACCAUGGUCUAUGUCCGCCAGAAGGAGGAUCCAUGGAACUCGAUCAUCGCCGGUGCCGCUACCGGCGGUUUUCUUCAGAUGCGACAGGGACCUGCAUCGGCAGCUCGUUCGGCAGUUUUCGGCGGCGUUUUGUUGGCUUUGAUUGAAGGAGCUGGGAUUAUGCUAAACAAAGUCCUCAGCCAGCAACAGAAUAUGCCUGUUGUGAUUGAAGAGCCUGCUGGUAUGGGUGGUGUACCUGGGUAUCCUACAGGCCAAUUACCUGGCCGUGCUCCUUCCAUGUCUCUACCACAAGCGGAAUUGGCAGGUAUUUCUUCUUCUCCGUCGUCGUCUCCUUCAGAUUCUGGUAGUGGCUCGUGGUUCGGAGGUUGGUUUGGUGGAGGCAAGAAGAAGGAAUCUGAAGUGUCGGGUGGAGGAAGCGAAACAACAAUUUUGGAGAGCUUUGAUGCACCGCCUGUGCCAAAUUUUGAGUACAAGUAAAAUUUGUUAUCUGGGUUUUAAGGUUUGAGAUAAGUAGACCAUGAAUUCUAUUGUAGAACGUAUGGCGUGUGUUAUAGGUUUGCUUCUAAUUAAUGAAAUAUCGUGCAGUCGGCUGAAGUUCCAAAGUUUUCAAAUUAUCAUUCAGGUUACGCUGAAUUGUACAAUAAGUUUAGGCUACAUCAUUGACAUUAUUUUCUGUUGUAAAUAAAUUACCUUUUUAUGGAUUUGAUC